GCUGUGGAGUGGGCAACAUGGCAGUGGGAAGAGUGUGGUUGUGGCAAGUGGAAGGCAGUGGGUACUGUGGCAGUGGCAAGUGGAAGGGUGGCAUGUGGCAUGUGAGGUGGCCAGUGCACGAGUGUGGGGUGCAAGCGCCAGCAUUGGCUAAGAACUUGACUCCGGGCCGGACCGGACUGAUUCUGUCAGUGCAGAGCUGGCUGCAGCAGCUCUGUCACCUGGCGAGGGGGGGGGGAGGCAGAAUCAGUCCUGCGAAGGGCACCCGCACGCCUUGGGACUAGCAAUGCUGAUGCUUGAAUCUUGCCUCUGCCUGUGUGGUUUCAAUGCCAGUCCAUGCUGGGUGGGCAUGGAUGGCAUUCUGCCACUGAUGCCAGUCCAUGCUGGGUGGGCAUGGAUGGCGUUCUGCCACUGAUGCCAGUCCAUGCUGGGUGGGCAUUGUUGGCAUUCUGCCACUGAUGCCAGUCCAUGCCUGGUGGGCAUUGUUGGCAUUCUGCCUCUGAUACCACUCCAUGCCUGGUGGGCAUUGUUGGCAUUCUGCCACUGAUACCAAUCCGUGCCUGGUGGGCAUGGUUGGCGUUGAGGCCGAGCCUUGGUGGAACGUGGGGUUCGGGUGGAUGAUGGUGGACAUGGAUGGAUGGAGGUCCAUGGUUGAAAUAAGACCAGCCCAAGGAUGGGUGGUGAAAGGAUUGUGGAAAAACAUUUAAAAUAUUUAAAUAGUUGAACAAUAAUCGUCACACAGACCGCAUUGCGUACAUCCACCACCUCAAGAGCUCCGUUCGUAUGCGCGCGCGGACAUCCCGGCGCUUGCUUCUUAGGCUCGCAGCCGUUCUCGUCUCUCCAGCUCCACUCCGUCGAAGGUCGGCCGUAGCAUUCUCGAUAUUUGUUGCCGUCAAGUGCACGCUAUCCACUCGCCGUACUAGGCAUCCGUGUUCCGUGUUCCAUUCCCGCGUGCUCUUUUAGCACUUUCGAGCAGUUCCGAGCAUAAGGCGAAUCAACCAGCAGACUUUGAAGCCGAGGAACGUUUGGAGGCUGAGAGUAGCUGAUCUUUCAACGGAUAGCCAUAGUUUCGACGGAUUUGUUUGUAAAGUCAUCGUUUCGCUGCUAAGUUUGGCCGUGUGUAAUAAGCAUAUAUAGCUUGCCGCGGUCUGCUUACCUCAGGAGCUGAGUUGGAGUUUAACAUGUGACGCUUGGAAGGUUGCGAAGCUCGUGAUCAGAUGACGCAAGAUCCUUGUCAAUCGCGAGUGCUUGAACAUGACGAUCAGUGGCAAUAUUGAGCAGCACCACUAGGGACUGGAGGUAGAGGUCGUGUUUAGUUAAGUGUCGGUACGAAUUGGCGUCGUACGUGUGUGGACUGAAUCAGCGUGCUUAUUCCCCUCGACCGGUGACGGAACAGGAGCAGAAGCGACAUUGGAGUUAGGUUGAUAGAAUCAGCAUACGCCAAGUUUUGCUGACCCUUCAGUCCUACGCAACGACGUUAUUCCCAAGCGAUUGACUCUUAACUCCAGCGAUAGCACCUCCUUGCUGUGAAGCGCGCCGUUAGCGCCUGGACAUGACGAACACCACCGACACGGCGCAGCAGGAGCCGGCGCAUUCCUCGGGUCCCGAGGUAGCGCUCGUGUUCAUCGGCGUGUCGCUGGCGCUCGGCGCGCUGUGCCGCCAGGUGCUGAGCAACACGCGCAUCCCCUACACCGUCGCGCUGCUGCUCGUCGGAGUCGGCCUCGGCGCUAUGGAGUUCUAUGUCAACCUCGGCCUGCUGGGAGAAAGCAUUCGCAUGUGGGCCAACAUUGACCCGGAGCUGGUGCUCUACGUCUUUCUGCCGGCGCUCCUGUUCGAGAGCGCCUUCUCCUUCGAGUUCCACCAGGUCAAGCGCUGCCUGGUGCAGAUGUUUCUGCUGGCAGUGCCUGGCGUCGCCAUCUCCACUGGCUUCCUCGGACUCAUCAGCCGAUACGUGCUGCCGUACGGGUGGAAUUGGAGCACUGCCAUGCUGCUGGGCGGGCUGCUCAGCGCCACGGACCCCGUGGCCGUGGUGGCGCUGCUGCGCGACCUGGGCGCGUCCAAGAAGCUCAGCACCAUCAUUGACGGCGAGGCGCUCAUGAACGACGGCACGGCCAUAGUGGUGUUCCAGCUGUUCCUGCGCCUGACGCUGGGGUACAGCUACGGCAUCGGGGAUGUCAUCGGCUUCCUCUUCAAGGUCACGCUCGGAGGGGUGGGGCUGGGUAUGGCGUUCGGCGUUGUGAGUCUGCUGUGGCUGCGCACCAUCUUCAGCGACCACGUCAUCGAGAUCACCAUCAGCCUCACCGCCUCCUACAUGGCAUUCUUUGUGGCCAAUGACGUCGCCCAGACAUCAGGAGUUCUCUCAGACAUGACGCUCGGCAUCAUGUUUGCCAUCUUCGCCAAGACUGCCUUCACAGGGGAAAGCGAGCAGAGCAUGCACCACUUCUGGGAGAUGGUUUCGUACAUCGCCAACACGCUCAUAUUCGUGCUCAGUGGAGUGGUCAUCUCAGAGAGCAUUCUAGCGAACUCCAACUACAUCAAAGGCGUGGACUGGGGCUACAUGUUCCUGCUGUACGUCUUCGUGCAGCUGUCGCGCGUGGUGGUGGUGGGGGUGCUGUACCCCGGCCUCGCCUCCAGCGGCUACGGGCUGUCCUGGAAGGAGGCCAUCAUCCUCGUGUGGUCGGGGCUCAGGGGCGCCGUUGCCCUCACUCUCGCACUCCUUGUCAGCCACGAGCCAGUAUCAGAGCACAUCACCAAAGAAACAGAAGCCAGGUUCAUGUUCCUGACGGGCGGCGUGGUCUUCCUCACGCUCAUAGUGAACGGCUCCACCACGCAGUUCCUGCUGGCCGCGCUCAAGAUGAACAGCACCUCCGACAUCAAGAAGCGCGUGCUCAACUUCACGCGGCAGGAGCUGUGCGGGUAUGCCGUCAAGACGUUUGAGGAGAUUGGCGACGACGAGGAGCUGGGGCCCGCGGACUGGGCCACCGUCAACGAGUACCUCACGUGCCUCAAGCAGCCCUCCUCCCACGGGACACUGUCUGCCAGCGCCUUCCUGAGCAGAUUCGGAGGCUCGGGAGCAGGUUCGGGCGGAGGGUCGGGCGUGGGGGUGAUGAAGAGCCACCCGCACGACCACAGCCAGUCGCACGAGCAGCUGAGGGAGCAGCAGCUGCACGACACGCGGCUCAGGUUCCUCAAUGGCGUGCAGGCGGCGUACUGGAGCAUGCUGGAGGAGGGGCGUGUCAACCAGACGGCCGCCAUGCUGCUCAUGCAGGCCGUGGCCGAGGCCACCGACCACACCACGCAGCAGCACCGCCUGCUGCUCUGGCCCGCUCUGGAGCCGCACGUGCGCAUGCCGCGCUACCUGCGGGUCAUCCACCGGCGGCUGAGGAAGGUGCUGCCGCAGCGCGCCCUCAACUGGGUCACCGUGGACCGCCUGGAGCUGGCCGCCUCCAUGGCUGCUGCGUACAUCCGCGCGCUGAGGCACGCUCGCCAGCAGAUGAGGGACUUCCUGAAGGACAGUCCGAUAUCGGAGGCGGUCAUUCUGGAGAGCGAGGAGGAGGAGCACCCCGCCAAGAAGUUUAUGGAGGACAUGCGGCUCAACUUCCCGGAGGUGCUCACGAUCAUCAAGACCAAGCAGGUCACGCACGCCAUCCUACAGGGCCUGCACGGGUACGUGGAGAACCUCGACCACUCGGGGCUGCUGGACCAGAAGGAGGUGGUGCACCUGCACCGCGCAGUGCAGGUGGAUCUGAAGAAGCUGCAGCGCAGCCCGCCCUUUGUGGCCAUGCUGCCGGCGGGGGAGGUGUUGGCGCGGCAGCCGCUGAUCGGCGCGCUGCCGGCAGACAUCCGCUGGCCCUGCUGCAGCCGCUCAAGGAGGCCACCAAGCUCUCCGACUCCACGCUCUUCCAAGAGGGGCAGCCCGCCGAGGGCGUCUGGCUCAUAGCCUCCGGCACCGCCAAGUGGACGUCAAAGCGGGCAGAGGCGGAGGCGGAGGCGCACGGGCACCGGUUCAUCCCGCCGCUGUUUGCGCAUGGCAGCUCGGUGGGGCUGUACGAGACGCUGAGGGGUUGCGCGUACAUGAGCUCCGUGGUGGCGGACAGCGUGCUGCACUGCUUCUUCAUCGACAGGCAGAGAAUUCUUGCUGCGCGGGACAGCAGCGACGCCAUCGGGGAUUUCCUGUGGAAGGAGAGCUGUCUGGAGGUGGUGCGGGUGCUGCAGCCAGAGGAGUUUGGAGCUCUCUCCAUGCACGAGCUGCGCGUGCUGCUCACCGACUCCGCACACCUCCUCACCUGCCGCCCUGGGGACACGCUCGACCUGCUGCCCUCACAAGUCGCUGUGCUGCUGCUCGGCUCCGUGCGGGCCCGCUGACCCCUCCUUUCUCCGUGCCUCUGGGUCUGCCCUUUCUCUCCCUGGUUCUGGCGCCGCUGCUGCAUCAGCUGCAGGCAGAGAGCAGGUCGAGGGGGACGGGGUGUCGGAUGCAGGGGGGGUGCAAGAGGCGAUACCAGAGGAGGGCGACAGGCUGCUGGGGGGGGACAGUGGGGACGGGGAAGGAGAAGAAGGCGAGCGGAAGAGCAGUGGGGAGGGUGGUGGAGGCGGGUCGAAUGGACGGGUGGAGAACGGGGUGCUCGUGGCCAUCGAUGCUCCCGCGAUACUCACUGCCCAGCCACUGGCAGGCCCAGCCACUGAUAGGUCAGGGUACGGCGACAGCUCGGCCAUGCUGCAGGGGCGCUACUCCACGCUCUCCCUCUGCAAGCUGCUUGUCAUCCACAUGCCGCGCGACAUCAUGUCCAUCCAAAACACGCCCACCAGGUCGUUCCACGUGCACCGCCCGCAGGCCGUGCGUGACCACGACGGGCUGCUGCGCUUCGGAGCGGAGGGCGCGGAGGAGAGCACCCUCAACGACGCGCUGCUCGCAGCCAUGGGGGUGGG